AUGAGAAAGCUUAUUAAAAAGUAUGUAAUAGUUGGAAAUUUAUAGGAAGGUAAAUGUCUUCUUCCUAGUCCUCCUUCAAGAGUACCAUCUCCGUUCAUAUUAUAUUUGAGUGAAGAAUAAAAAAAAUUAAAAUAAGAUCUUUAAUAAAAAAUAGAAUAAAGAGAUAUCAUAAAAUUACUUAAUCAACAAUAUAAAAAUAUUUCUUAAGAAUAAAAAAAAUAAUAUUCUGAACUAUAUUAAGUGUCUUUAUUAAAGUAUAUGCAAGAAAAAAGAAUAUAUGAAUAAUCAUUUAGAUAUAGUAAAAAUAAUGGAAUUAAGAAGGUAGACUAAGCUUAUAUGAAUAUGAAAAGAAGUGAGAAAAGAUAAACAAAAAUUGAAGAAAUGCAUAUUGAAUAAAUUAGAGAGAAUUUCGGGAAAUUUUAAUUUGAGUUGAGUAAAAUAAAAAUUUCAGAUGCCACUCCAUAAGAAUUAGAUGUGGCAAAUUAAGUACUUAAUUUAGUAACUCUGCACCAACUUUAAAUAAAAAUAAAUUGUCUUGAGUACAAAAUACCUGAUUUAUUCAAUUCAUAUAAAUUUAGAUAAAAAUGCAAAAAAUUCGCACUUAGUUUUUUAAGAUCUGUAAAUUAAGAUUAUACAUUUUAAAAAUAUUUGAUUGAAAUUGAAGACAUGAAAUAAGAAGAAUUAAUAAAUUAUAACUAAUAGUUGAAAGAAUUAAGUGAAAAAUUAAAUGAUGAUCCUAGAAAUGUAGAAUUAGCAAUAAUUUUACUUGUAGAGAAACCAAAGAAAAAAGAAGAAGAAUCAAGAACUAGAAAAAAAGGUGUAACAUGUUUAAAUAAUUUCGUUGAAGUAUUAGCUAAAUUCAUAAUAAAAGAGCCAUGA